CCUGUGGAGAAUAAAAAACAGAGCGAGUGUCUGAGAGAAAUUUUUGGCAGAAUCAAGACGGGGACUUAGAACCGCGGGAUGUUCCGGUCGAGAGGACGCUGAAGAAGAAGAAGAAGAAAAAAAAAGACCAACCGCGGCGAGACAUGUUCGGCGUCCUGAAGGGAGAUCCGACCGGCGAAGCGGGCGGCUAGUCGCGGUGCAUUCUGCUGCAUCUUACACGCUCCCUCCCCCUCCCACCCCGAGAGAGCAAGAGUGCGAUCCUGACGAUUCGUCGACGAAUCGUCGCGAGGAAUAAAUCGACGUUAAAUAAUAUUGGCAGCGUUAACGUUUAUAUUAUUCUCUGUUACUGCAAAAAGGACUCGAACGGAGCCGGCACGCCUCCAUGUGCGCGUCGAGAUCCUGAGGAGGCGCGUGGUUUGACAGGAUCACGCGAACGGAGCGCCGCGGCGCCGGUUCGAAAAGAUUUUUGAGGAUUCGAGGCAUUUCGCUCUUUCGUUCCUUUCCUCCUCCACGCGCGUUUGUUCUCGCUCCGCCUGUGUGUGAUAUUCGGUUCAGACAAAGACGUGGAUGAUACCGGCGUGCUAUUCAACAACAACAACGACGGCGGUCACGAGGCGGCGGAUCGUAUUUCCUGCGGAUGUAACGGGUGUCACGGCCGAUUCGUGGAAUGUGACGGGAGACGUCGCUCGUGGAGUAGUGAGUCGUAGAAAAGAAAACAUCAUCCACUGCUCGGGAGCAAGAGACACAAAUCGGCUGGUAUGUCAAAUAAUCAGCUGGUUGACUCCUGUCUACGCGUCCUACAGGAGAAAGCCCCCGACAUGCCACAAUACACCGGACAGGGCGACACGGAUUACCAUGGGAGUAACGGACAGGCGGACACCCACUCGUUGCACUCGUCUCAUCUGUCCGUCCAGGAAGAUCCGCUGCUCAUUCGGACUCAUAAGCAACAAACCUCUCAGCAAGUGACGACUGUGACGAAAGUCGUGCGCGAAGUUUCCCACAUGGAGCCGGAUCCGGGCGCGGUCAGUUACAUGUCGGUGCCGUUAAUGUCGCAAGACUAUCAGCACGCGGACCCGCGCUACCCCGCGGACCCGUACAUGGUCAGUUUCGAUCAUUACGACCCGUACCUGGGCUAUCCGCCGCAGCCAGGUUAUCCGGGGCCCCAUGGUAUCUACAUGCCGCGCUCGCAUUCCCCGCACAGCCCUCAUAGCCCGUCGGAGCACAGCCGUGCUUCCCCGCCACACGAAUAUAUGCGCAAGGGUGCGCCCUAUGUGGAGGGUAGCUAUAAUGAUAUCGACCCCGGCUUAAACCCCGCUUUACAGGACCAUUAUCGCAUUACUCCGAGUCCAGGUGGUCCUGGAGAUCAGUAUGACGAAAGCAAAGUGGCCUAUGGAUACGUGUCACCGUCGCCGUACGGGCCCGUGGGGUACGGGCCCGCCGUGGGGGUCGGACCGGUACCGAGCGACGUGCCCGGUUACGAGGAGGGCCACCCGGGGGUGCCCCUCACGUCAGGCGUGCCACCCGGCAUCUUCGAGGACGAGGUGCAUCUGCAACGGCUGCAAUCGCGUCAUCCGGUGGUGCCCGGCAUGGCGAGCCCCCUCGACGACGAUCAAAAGUCCAUGCGCUGGCGGGAUCCGAACCUAUCCGAGGUGAUCGGCUUCCUCAGCAAUCCCAACAGUAUAAUCAAGGCGAACGCGGCCGCCUAUCUCCAACACCUGUGCUACAUGGACGACCCGAACAAGCAGAAGACGCGCAGCCUGGGCGGGAUACCGCCUCUGGUACAGCUGCUGGAUCACGACACCCUGGACGUUUACAGAAACGCCUGCGGCGCCCUUAGAAACCUAUCGUACGGUCGCCAGAAUGACGAGAACAAGCGCGCCAUCAAGAACGCCGGUGGCGUACCGGCUCUUAUCAAUCUCCUGCGAAGAACGUCCGACGCGGAUAUCAAGGAACUGGUCACGGGGGUACUGUGGAAUCUCUCCUCGUGCGAAGAUCUGAAGAGGUCGAUCAUCGACGAUGGUGUUACAAUGGUGGUGAACAACAUAAUAAUACCUCAUAGCGGCUGGGACCCGAGCUCGUCGAGCGGCGAGACCUGCUGGUCUACGGUGUUCAGGAACGCGUCGGGCGUCCUGAGGAACGUCUCCAGCGCCGGUGAAUACGCGCGUAAGAAUCUACGGGAAUGCGACGGUCUGGUGGACGCAUUGCUCUACGUGGUACGUUCGGCGAUCGAGAAAUCUAACAUCGGUAACAAGAUCGUCGAGAACUGCGUGUGCAUCUUGAGGAACCUGAGUUACCGCUGUCAGGAAGUGGAGGACCCCAAUUACGACAAACACCCGAUACAGUCGACGGUACAGAACAGGGUCACCGCACCCGCGAAAGGUGAAAAUCUGGGUUGUUUCGGCGGUAGCAAGAAAAAGAAAGACGGUCAACCGGUCCAAAAGGAAACCACCACGUCACGUACGACAAAUCCACGAACCGAACCAGUCAGAGGAAUGGAAUUGCUCUGGCAACCGGAAGUGGUUCAAUCGUAUCUUAGUCUUUUGCAAACAUGCUCGAAUCCGGAAACACUAGAAGCUGCAGCCGGGGCCUUGCAAAAUCUCGCCGCCUGUUACUGGCAGCCGAGUAUCGAAAUUCGCGCGGCUGUUCGCAAAGAGAAAGGUCUCCCUAUAUUAGUGGAACUCUUAAGAAUGGAGGUGGACCGAGUAGUAUGCGCGGUCGCGACCGCGCUCAGGAAUUUGGCGAUAGACCAACGCAAUAAGGAACUAAUAGGCAAGUACGCGAUGAGGGAUCUCAUUCAAAAACUUCCGUCUGGAAAUAAUCAGCACGAUCAGGGCACGAGCGACGACACGAUCGCCGCGGUACUCGCCACAUUAAACGAGGUCAUCAAGAAGAACGCCGAGUUCUCGCGGUCAUUGCUCGAUGCCGGCGGUGUCGACAGACUAAUGAACAUCACUAGGCAACGCCAGAAAUACACACCACGCGUUCUUAAAUUUGCAGGACAAGUACUUUUCACCAUGUGGCAACAUCAAGAGCUACGAGAUGUGUAUAAAAAGCAUGGUUGGAAGGAGCAAGAUUUCGUCACGAAAACCGUCGCCGCCAGAAAUUCAGGGCCUAAUUCACCCAAUAAUGCUAACAGCUACGAUUGCAGCACUCUGAAUCGACCAAUGGCGAGCCAGGGAAGCACAAGAUAUGAGGAUCGAACAAUCCAGCGAGCAAAUAUGAAUUCGAAUAAUGUCGGUCGACCUACUAUAUAUCAAUCACAGCCGAAACCCGGUGAGCCGCUCUACGCGCAAGUUAACUUGGAGAAGAAAAAGAAGCGGCAGUACGAGCUGGGGGUGGGCCAGGGUGGCCAGGUGGGUCAAGUGGCCGGUGGUAGUGGUGGCGUCGCGAUAUCCGGUGGCGGCGGCGGUGGCGGUCAAUGGGUACCGGACGGGGUUGGAAUGGUACCGGAUGGCACCGGUGCCCCGUCGGUGACAUCGACGGUGGCUAAUCAAGUGCCACCGCCGAGUUCGACCGCCGCCGCUGCCGGCGAUUCCUGGGUAUAACGCGCCCUACGAGCGGGUCCUACGCGGGACCGCCAAAAGGAUCUCGCCAGGAACCUCGAACAGCUGUUGCUGCCGCCGCCGCCGUUGCCUCUGAAUCUGUCAAUGUAGCGGACCAACGGGACGGUCGAAGGUCCAAACGAUCGCGUUUUUUCCGGAAUAUAUGACAGGGACACACGGGACUCUCUGGCGUAGACUCGAGAGGGACAACGUAGGGAUUUUAUUUAUUCGAGAAAGACGUUGCGAGAGAUAGAGAAAAUAUUCGAUGCAGCACGUUUUCAGAUGAGAAGACCGAGAAUCGGAAGUAAACUGAAAGUACUCGAGCAGAGCUUGUUUGGAAUGUUACUGAGAGCGAGUGUUAUUGAAUGCGAAAGUAAUCUUAAGUGUGUUGACGAAGCGUUUUUCUCCGAAGGAGAAGAAAACGUCAGAUAUUAUUACGCUUUGCCGUUGGAAAUAAACGUCCAUGUUACAAUAAGGAGGAAUCUCGAAGAUGACGCGAAUUUAACGGGGUUUCAUUUAGUUAACGAGAUGACGAAUGGCAGCUAAACUAGGAUGACGGGCAACUCAAAUAAAAUUGGAAGUGAAGGGUACAUUCAUUUCCGAAAUUAAAGAUAAUUUACAAAGGAAAAUGUAUAUAUAAAGUUGCAGCUGAUGAGAUUUAAUUGAUCGACGAUGAACGAACGAGAGCGAAUCGAGAUUGAAAAAAAGAAACGAAGGUAUAAAAAAUCGCGCUGUAAAAAAAUUUUUAUGUUUUAGUAUCUUUUUUAAUAUUAGAAAAUCGAGAAUACGCACGAAAACGCGACGAGUAGAUUGGAAGAUCGCCUACUCGGACAGAAACGGAAGCGAUGGAUCUGAAAAUCCGAUCGCUAAUAAAUCGCGAACGAUCGUUCUAUCUUGCUUCCAAGGACAUAGAAACCCUUUCUCUACGAUCUCUCACAUCGUCUUAUAACGGCACGGACUUUAAAUAGCUGGAAAAGGAGGAAGGGGGCUGAGAUAUUAAAAAGGCUCGUGCCUGAGAUAAAUUGAAAUAUCUAACACACUUUGAUUAAAUAUACUUGAAUUGCAAGAGAGAGAGAGAGAGAGAUAGAGAGAGAAGCUUCGGUCGACCUUGGAAUAGAAUUGCGCUAACGAGAAAGUUUUUCGUCGGCGUAUAUGAAAAUCGAAAUGGAACAAAGAACGAACAAGACGUGCCCACCGAAUAUACCGAUCCGGCAAACGCGGGAAUGCAUCUGUAGAUGCAUCCGCAAUCUCGAUAUACGAUAUUAGCGAGACAGAGAAAGAGAGAGAGAGAGAGAGAGAGAGAGAGAGAGAGAGAGUGAGUGUGAAAAAAAGAGAAAGAGAGAGAACGACAUCGUCCAACCACAUCCGCAGCAGUAGUCGCACUAAUGGCUCUAAAUACCUUCAUUGCACAAUUCUAAAUUAAUAUAUAUAACUGCGUAAAUAUAUUAUACAUACGGCACCGUAUAUAUACACAAGCACACAAACACCAGAACCGUAUAAGUGUAUAUUUUAAGGUGAUGUGUUAGAGGCGAUAAAAGAAAAAGAGGGCGUAUACCGAUCAUCGCGAAGUACAGGCUAAGGUGCUAAGAAUAGGCAUGUCUAUGUAAGCAUUAUAAAAAAAAAAAAUAAUAAUAAUAAUAAAAGAAGAGAUAGAGAGAGAAGCGACUUGAAAGAAGGAUCACCCGUGAUUUUUUUA